CUGUUUGAGGAAGUGCAUCUCAUACUGUCACUCUGACCACAGACUGGAGGAAAUGGCAGCUAAACACCCUUUUUCAGAAGAAGAGCUCUCGUGUCCUGUGUGCUGUGACAUCUUCAGGGAUCCGGUGGUUCUGCUGUGUUCCCACAGUGUGUGUAGAACCUGUCUGCAGCAGUUCUGGGAGAACAAGGGGUCUCAAGAGUGUCCAGUUUGUGGAAAAGGAUCCACGAAACAUAUACCUCUCCGUAACCUGCCUCUGAGUAAAGCGUGUGAGGUGCUUCUGGAGAGCAGGGCUCAAAUAUCUUCAGCAGGGUCUGACGGGGUCUGCUGUCUGCACCAUGAGAAACUCACACUUUUCUGUUUGGAUGAUCAGCAGCUGGUGUGUUUUAUGUGUCAAGACUCAAAGAAACACAAAAAUCACGACUGCUGUCCAGUAGAUGAAGCUGCAGCUGACUGUAAGGAUAUACUCCAGAUCGCUUUGGAGCCUCUCCAGCUGAACCUGAAGCUCGUAGAGGAAGCUAAACGAGAAUAUGACCAAACAGCAGCCCACAUUAAGACACAGGCCCAGGACACAGAGAGGCAGAUAAAGCAGGAGUUUGAGAAGCUCCACCAGUUUCUCAGAGAUGAAGAAGCAGCGAAGGUAGCGGCACUGAAGGAGGAGGAGGAGCAGAAGAGUCAGAUGAUGAGGAGGAGGAUUGAGGAGAUGAAUGGAGAAAUCUCAUCUCUUUCAGACACAAUCAGAAAGGCAGAGAAGGAGAUGGAAACUGAGGACAUUCAGUUCUUACAGAACUUCAAGAAUACAGAGAAGCAAAUUCAGCGCCCAUUAGAGCGUCCAGAGAAGAUUUCGGGAGCUCUGAUCAAUGUAGCCAAACACCUUUCCAAUCUGAAGUUCAGAGUAUGGGAGAAGAUGCAGGAGAUGGUCCAGUACACCCCUGUAACUCUGGACCCCAACACUGCCCACCCACGUCUCCACCUGUCUGAUGACCUCACUGCUGUAGAAAAAACAAACCAGACAUCAUCGGUUCCUGAUAAUCCAGAGAGAUUUGAUAAAUAUGUGUGUAUUCUGGGUUCUGAGGGUUUUACCUCAGGAACACACUGCUGGGACGUGCAGGUUGGAGACUGUGGUAGAUGGGAACUGGGUUUAAUACCAGAAUCUGUAAGAAGAAAGGGAGAUUCCUUCAGUGAUUCGGUCUGGAGUCUGAGCUACUGGAACGCCAAGGAUAAAUACUGGACACACUGCCCGGGGCAGCCUGUUCACUCUCUCACCCCUAAAGAGAAGCUGCAGAAGGUCAGAGUGCAGUUGAACUGGGGCAAGGGCAAAGUGACCUUCACUGAUCUUCUAACCAACACACACCUGCGCACCAUAAAACACACAUUUACUGAGAGAGUUUUACCGUAUUUCUCUCAUGGGUUUGUUGGUCCUCUGAGGAUCUUACCAGUGAAGGCGUCAGUAACUGUGGAUCAGCACAGUAAGAGUUAACACUGCGUAAAAUUUAAACAUUUAUACAGGUUGAGAGAUUAUGAAUUACGAAUGAUUUAGGACUUUAAUUAUAUGUAUAUUUAAAAUGAUGUAUGUUCAUGUUGAUAAUAAAAUGCUGGUGCUUGCUGUAAA